GAGAGUGGGGACCGGUGCACCGCUGACAAAAACCCUAAGGCCUAAAUCCCGGCUCCCAUGAGCCGGACUCGGCGUCCUUACUCCACUGAAGGUCCUUUCCUAUUCUGUGUCGGUUAGAACGGAGAACCAUAGGAUUAGAGUUGGAUAACUGCCAACGCCAUGCUUCGCUUCACGGUAAUAAGACUAAGAACGGCGGUCUCCGCAGGCGCUCGGAGCUCCGGGCUUGCUCUCCGAUCUCAGAAACGUUCUUUCGUCUUUCCCAAACCCGUCAGGUUUUACGGAACCAACGCCCCGGAUGUUGAUCCCGUUUCUCUUCAGAUGAUCAAUUACGCACUCGAUCAUGCUCGAUAUCAGAAAUCAGAUGAAUCAUACGCACAGGGCCUCCUUGUUCUGGAGCAAUGCCUCUCCAGUAACCAACGUGAGGGGGCAGAUACUUCAAGGGGAAUCGUCCUCCUCGCCAUGUCCACCUUAUUAUCAGAAAGGGGAAAUAUCCACGAAGCCAUAGAAAAACUCGAGACAAUUCAAGAUUUGUCCCGCUCUUCUUUGGGUGUUAGAGUUGCUGCCAUGGAAGGUCUCGUUGGACUCAAUCUGGAGUUGGGGAAUGAUGAUACCUCAUCAGUGCUCGCAGAUAAAUGCUUGCAAUUCUUUCGAAGAAGUGAAUAUUGCCCUGACAGUGUGGUUCUGGAAGCUCGGGCUAAAGCUAACAAAGGACUAGUUGAGCUUUUGCUUGGGAAUAUUGAAUCAGCGGGGUUGUACUUUGGAGGAUCCGAGGAUAAUGAAAGUUGCUCUGGCAAUGUUGCUCUGUCGUAUGGAGAAUACUUACAUGCAACUGGAAAAUUUUCACUGGCAAAGCUGUUUUACCAGAAGGCAAUUCAAGGAGUGUCUGAGGCCGGAGCUUUUGUUGACCCGUUCACCUUGUCCACUUGCAAUAUGCUACCAGAAGAAGUUUGUUUGGGAGCUACCUGUGCUUUAGGACAGCUUGAAGCACAUGCAGGAAAUUUUGGAGAUGCAGAGGAGAUGCUGACAAAGGCAUUAACAAAAGCAGAAGAGUGUUUUGGGUCACAUCAUCCGAAGGUUGGGAUCAUCCUAACCAGCAUAGCUCUCAUGUUUGGGCACAAAGCAAAGCUGGAGCAUUCAAGUUCUCUUUUGAUUCAAGAGGGACUCUUCAGGAGGGCAACCGAAAUGCUAAAAUCUCCACCCUUGGAGAGUGAAGAGUGCAAGGUAGGUAGAAGAGAUAUAGCAGCCCUUGCAAGAGGUGGAUAUGCAGACAUCCUUUGUGUUCAACAGAACAGGAAGGCAGAAGGAGAACGGAUGAGGAAAUGGGCGGAGACUGUAUGGGGAAAUUGUCGGCUCUCACUGGCUGAAGCACUGGAGUUAUCUUACCCUUAUUCAAAGGUGCCAGUGAUAGAUGCUCGUAUCAGCAGAGUAUUGUAACUUUCUGGUCCCAGGAUUUCUGAUCCAACAGAUCUCAAGAAACUGGGGUUUUUCCCCUUUCCUGUUGGUUUAUGCAUUGCCAUGGAUUUAAUUAUCAAUUUUCAUAAUAUGUAUGGAAAAACCACUGCACUGAUAUAAAAAUCAGUAUACAGUAAUUCACCCAGAAAAAAAAAAAAAAAACAAUCUCUCUCAUUAAAAUACCGUGGUAUCAAAGUUCAAAGUGGGUGGAAGUGAUUUUACUUGUUUUUGAUCAACUGUGUGGCACUUUUGUUUUCCACAUUAUGUGGAAUUCAGCACGUACUAAUUGUUAUAAUCAUUAUAAAUUAUUUAUUUAUUUUUUGUA